AUGAAUUCACUCUCUCUUUCAUCUAUCUAUCUAUCUAUCUAUCUAUCUAUCUAUCUAUCUAUCUAUCUAUCUGUCUCAGUCCGUAUAUAUAUUUGUUUGCUUAUCUAUCUAUCUAUCUAUCUAUCUAUCUAUCUAUCUAUCUAUCUAUCUCAGUCCGUAUAUAUAUAUUUGUUUGCUUUUCUAUCUAUCUAUCUAUCUAUCUAUCUCAGUCCGUAUAUAUAUUUGUUUGCUUAUCUAUCUAUCUAUCUAUCUAGCUAUCUAGCUAUCUCAGUCAGUAUAUAUAUAUUUGUUUGCUUAUCUAUCUAUCUAUCUAUCUAUCUAUCUAUCUAUCUAUCUAUCUAUCUAUCUAUCUCAGUCCGUAUAUAUAUUUGUUUGCUUAUCUAUCUAUCUAUCUAUCUAUCUAUCUAUCUAUCUAUCUAUCUAUCUAUCUCAGUCCGUAUAUAUAUAUUUGUUUGCUUAUCUAUCUAUCUAUCUAUCUAUCUAUCUAUCUAUCUAUCUAUCUAUUCAUCUCAGUCCGUAUAUAUAUUUGUUUGCUUAUUCUAUCUAUUCAUCUAUCUAUCUAUCUAUCUAUCUAUCUAUCUCACUAUCUAUCUAUCUCAGUCCGUAUAUAUAUUUGUCUGCCUAUCUAUCUAUCUAUCUAUCUAUCUAUCUAUCUAUCUAUCUAUCUAUCUACACAGACAUAUAUACUCUUUGUUUUUAUUCUUUCAUUUUGCUUCAUUAUUUUCUUUACAUUUCAUUCUUCCAUUUCGUUUUUUCUUUAAUUUUACAUUUCUUCUUUCUUUCUUUUUUCUUUCUUUUUUCUUUCUUCCUUUCUUUUCGUUUCUUUUCUUUUCGUUUCUUUUCUUUCUUUCUUUAAUUUUAUAUUCUCUUUCUUUCUUUCUUUCUUUCUUUUCGGUUUUUCUUUCCUUUCUUUCUUUCUGUUCGUUUCUUUCGUUUCUUUCUUUCUUUCUUUCUUUCUUUUCAUUUUCCCUUUCUUUUUUUCGCCAUCUUUCUUUCCUUCAUUCUUUCCUUCCUUCCUUCCUUCCUUCCUUCCUUCCUUCCUUCCUUCCUUCCUCUGGUUUCCUUCCUUCCUUCCUUAACUUCGUACCCAUCUUUCCUUCCUUCCUUCCUUCCUUCCUUCCUUCCUUCCUUCCUUCCUUCCUUCCUUCCUUCCUUCCUUCCUUCCUCUAUUAUUCCAGACAUGUUUUCUCAUCUGCUUGUCUUUUUAUUGUCCCCAUUUUUCCCUUGUUCAAUAUUUCGUUUCCUUACUUUUUUUUCCUUCUCUCCUCAUUAAAAACUGAUAAGGAGCCUCACCAGUAA